AGAUGGCGUGUGUCGAUGCUGCUCAGGCUUCUGGGGCCUAGCCUUUUGCUCAGGGGACACCUUCCCCCGAAACAGUGGACCUCUCUGCAUCUGACGGUGGAGCCUAAACCCCAUCUCCUCUGUGCGGAUAAUUGGCUGUCCAGUCCUUUGGGGGGAGGAAGGACUCAGCAUCAUGGAGCAUUAGCUAUGCCCUGUCGAGGCACCUUCUGACUGGCAGGAUUUCUGAUUUAGCAGCUUGCACACCAGGCUUGGGGCAACAUAGGAUGAAAAUUUGCAAUCAUGAUGCAAGGACUGAAAAACCGCACCAGGAAAGCCCUGGGUCUGCGAAGAAAAGACAGGGAUUCAGACACAAGCUCACCUGACAAAGAAGGAGGUGGAACUGGGAAGAAAGGAAGUAAAAAGGCGAAUGGAGCGCCCAAUGGGUUUUAUGGGGAAAUCGACUGGGAUAGAUAUGCGUCCCCUGAUGUUGAUGAGGAGGGUUUCAGCCUUCGGCCUGGUGAUGAUGGGGACACCGCCUCCAAGGGGAAACACUUUUUCUCCUCCAGUGACUCAGAGGACGACGAGGACAGCAAGAGAAAGUUCAAAAUCAGGAUCAAGCCGCUGGUUUCAGACAGUGCCAAGUGUUUGCCUCCCUCAAUGGAUGAGCUCAAAGCCUCGGUGGGGGGCCUGGCGCUCUCUCCAUCUCUGAAGCGGAGUCCGAGACGUAGCCCGGGACAGAUGAAAAGAAAUCUAUCCUGUGAGGAGAUUGCAAGGCCCAGAAGAUCCACACCCACAGCUGCCCCGGAGAUCCCCAUAGAUAGGUUAUCACAAAAUGCCCCUACCUUUUUUGGACUUCCUCCAGAGAUCAAAUAUGCCCGAUACGAUGUGGUUCCUACAGAUGCAUGGGGAGAAUGUAGACCACAUUCUGAAUCAGCUCUGAGCAGGAGCUUCCCAACAGGAGCUCCCCCUCCUCUUCCUCCUAAAAACAUUCCUUCUAGAUGCCACUAUGGAUAUCCAUCUGAAUGUGUUGCCGAUUUACCAAAUGGAAGAGCAGCUCGUAGUUCUGCACCCAUCUAUCUGAAUGUCCUGUCCCCUGCAUCCCACCGAGGUUCCCCUGCCCCUGACUUGGACGAUGUAUUUGGACCUGUUGACAGCUCGCACACCAGAGAGGACACCAUGUCUCCCAGAUGGGUCACCUUCCUUGAAGACCGACCUCCACCUCCGGAUGAACCUGCUCCUCCUCCCCCACCGGACUCACCUGCCCCAGGAACACCUCUGUCCACCCCAUCCACGCCAUGUCUCUCUCCUGGACCGCCACCAAACGAACCACCACCAUCGCCUCCACCGUUUUCACCAGGAUCUCCAUUUACCCCCCUGGAUUCACCCCCCUCCAUCAUGCUUGGGCCACCUCCUCCUGAUGAACCCGCCCCACCCCUACCUCCUGACUUCUCACCCUGUCAUUUACCGCCUAUCUGCCUUGAUGAAGAUGCCCUGGAUGAGGAGGUGCUUCAAUUUGCAGAGUACAGUUCUUCACCUGCACCCACCAGUCCUGUACCCCCCCUCCCGGUGGAAUGGAGGCACCGCACCGCAGUGACCUCUCCGUUGGUCACGAGUGGGAAAGGCACUCCUGAGGGGUCAUACUUGAGAGAUGAUUUCCCAGACAUUGUGGGCUCACCCCGAGAACUGACCCCCAUUUUUAGGAGUACCCCACCUCCCCUUCCCCCCACAACCUACAGGUCCAUCAUGUCUUCCCCUGGGCCCCACUCUGGUAGCAGUCCCUCAUCUCCAGCUCGCUCAGUCACACCUCAGUCUCGAGGCAGUCCUGUCCCACCACCUCCUCCUCCUCGGCCGUCCUCUCGCCCUAAGCUGCCUCCAGGGAAACCCUUCUCUGAUCUAAGCCGGUCCUAUAGUCCUCCUGUCUCCAGCAGUCCUCCACCUUUCGCCCCUCUGGCUAGAGCAGAGAGUUCUUCCUCCAUCUCCUCCAUUACCUCACACAGUGCAGCAUCCACCCCGACCCUAGGGAUACAUACAGAGGCACCUCAGCCUCUGGUGUGGUUUGACCAUGGCAGGUUCUAUUUAGCUUUUGAAGGGUGCUCCAGAGGACCCAGUCCACUGACUAUGGGGCCACAGGACACUCUACCAGUGGCAGCUGCCUUCACAGAAACAAUCAAUGCCUACUUCAAAGGCGCUGACCCCAGCAAAUGUGUUGUAAAGAUCACGGGGGAGAUGGUUCUGUCCUUUCCUGCGGGUAUAACCCGACAUUUUGCAAGUCACCCAACUCAGCCUACCCUUACUUUUAAUAUUAUCAACUAUAAUCGAUUAGAACAAGUCCUACCUAACCCACAACUGCUGUGCUGUGAAUCCUUAACACAGAGCACAAACAUUAAGGAGUUCUCGGUCAAUAUGCCAAACUUGAUGAGCCAUCUCAAGAAGAUUGCUGAGCAGAAACCGCAGGCGACAUAUUACAAUGUGGAUAUGAUCAAAUACCAAGUCUCAGCCCAGGGCAUCCAGUCGACUCCACUGAACUUGGCUGUGAGCUGGAGAGGUGAUGCCAACUCCACCGACCUCAGAAUAGACUACAAAUACAACACUGGGGCUAUGGCUGCCCCUGCUCCGUUACACAACAUAAUUUUUGUGGUCCCAGUGGAUGGAGGCAUUGCCAAACUCCAGACCAUGAUCCCACCUGCCACAUGGACUCCAGAGCCACAGACCAUACAGUGGAAGAUCCCUAGUCUUUCUCAUAGAUCUGAAAACGGAGGAGUUGGGGCUUUGCUAGGACGUUUCCAGAUGACUGAGGGUCCAUGUAAGCCCUCACAGCUCUCUGUUCAGUUCAGCUCUGAGGGUAGCACUCUUUCUGGUUGUGACAUCCAACUGGUGGGGACUGGAUACCGGCUAUCACUGGUCAAAAAGAGAUUUGCCGCAGGAAAAUAUUUGGCAGAUAAAUAACAGAACAGAUCACAGAUGGAACAUUGGCUUUUGACUGUGAACCCUUGAACUUUAUCUCAACACAUUUUAAUCUACAUCUUUAGCAGCUGUUUAACGUGCUAUUUUAACACAAUAACACAAAACUACUUCAAUAGACUGGCUACUGCUGAGAUUAUGCAAGUAAAAACAGAUGAUUAGUUUUGUGCACUUGGAACACUUGGAGUCAAAUGUAAGUACAUCCACCUAUUUUUUAGGUUUUGUGGAUUUGUGGAUUCAUGCAGUGAUCCAGCCUUAUUCCUCAGUUUGUUUUGUCUAACCUGUUGUCUUUGCACUGUAAAAACAAUGUGAAUACUAAAUAGAUUAUAAUAAAGUAUGAAACAAUCUUAAACAAGGUGGAAACUGAUAGAAAAUAUUAGAAAUUUGUAGCAUAAGGUUAAUUUGCUGUUGUUUAUUUACACUGCCAUCUAUAGCCAGACGUUUUGGCUUUUUGUUCCAGCAGUUGUGCUCCCCUCAAAUGUGAAGGGACUCAUAAAGAUGCUGCCGAGGUCUAUACUAAGGCAGUGUUUUUAUCCAUAGUGAGAAAUUACCAAUAUGGGAUUGUGCAAUGAUGAGUGAUGAUGACUGUGUGUGUUUUGUUAAUAUAAUAUGACAGAAGUGCUUAAAGUUGGACUGUUGUAUUAAUCUGAAAUGGCCUUAAAUGUUUGCUGUGCCAUAAAGUUGUGGUGGGAUGGAGCUUUAAGAUACAUGUAAAAGAAAGACAGCUGACAAAUUUUAGAGUUGCCUUUGACACUUCUGACUGCAAGAUGGGUGAAAGGCAUACAGAUAAAAUACUAUUCAUAAUUUAUUUUCUUCUUUUUCCACCAUGUUCAGUAAUCUUGUUUUCUGAUAGCAAUAUAAAACCUUGUAAAAAGUGUAUAUAAAAUGUCUUUUGAAGGACAUAUGGGUCUAUUUUGUUGUUGUUGUUUUUUAUUGCUGUCAGGUUUUUAUUUAACUCUGCACCAUGUUUUGUUGGGAAUGUUUUUUGUCCAAAUGUGUGGCCAUUGAUUGACUCCCAAACAGUGGUGCAUGAAAUUUGCAAAUGCACAAUGCAAUUUUCCCACAAAAUAAAUGUCUACUAUCAAGUAAUGCUACUUUUGUUAUGAGGCUGUUUUUUUAUCUUGUCUUUAACUUUCACCAAUGUUUUGGUGGUAAUGUCACAUUUAAACUGAGAUUAAAAAUGUGUUUAAUUCAGAUUAAAAACAAUAGCACCUGUUUUACCGUUGGUGGUGUCAGUCUCACAAUUGGACUCAAACGUAUGUGACAUUAUCUUAAAAUAGCCUACAACUGAUGUGUAGCUUCUGUUGAGAAUAUAUGUGUUGGAUUAUUAUUAUUUAUUUUAUUUUUUUGGUUGGCUGGUUUGUUUUUGGCUAUGAAGUAAAAUGGCAUAUUUUCAACAGAAAUAUAUAUAUAUGUGUGUGUGUGUGUGUGUG